UUUUUACUGAUAUCGCUCUAUCUCGCAAUUGUAGUUCCUCACAAACUACACUGUUGAAAAGAUGACAUUAGCGAAAGACGCGCGACGCGUUUGAGUAGGCUCAUUUUGGUUUCUUCAUCAUUAUUAUGGAGUUUUCCUCUGUAAUUUCACAAAUCGAAACAUGCCUUAAUCAACAUCUCCGUCUUUCGACUGAAAAAGUCAACUACCAUUCUGUCAUGGAAAAUUGGUCUGAAAUGGUACAUCAAUUAAAGAAUCUUCAAAAUCUAAUAUCGGAGCAUACACUAAGCCAAGAGUUGAGCUCCCAAAUCGAAAGUCUAAUUGAAGAGGAUCAUGCCUUGGAGGGACAAAUUGAAAGCAGUAUGAAGGAAUUGACAUCAAUCUAUGAUACCACCCUUCCUCAAAACAACAAUCUAAAGAUUCGAAGGAAAGUUGACGCUAAUACACUUCUCGAAUACGGUCGGCGAUUAUCUAAAUUUUCUUCGGCACCACCUGGAUAUAAUCCAGAAACAGGUCAGGAUGCCAAAGCACCUGUCCAUUAUCCUUGGCCAUCAGAAGAUCAAAUGCGAAAGACAAGUUUAUUCCAAUAUUCUACAAAUCUAAUAGCUCAUCCAUCUGCUAAUGCUUCUCAAAUACUCAAUGAGUUGGAAGAGACUUCUGCUCCAAGCAAAGAAGAUACCGAUGCUACUACUUCUCCAAGCAAGAAAGCCAAGCAUGCGGUUGAUUAUACAAUGUCUCCUACGUUUACGAAUGCAACCGAACAAGCUGAAACACAAGGGGGAGAAUCCAUGCCUUCCAGUAAAGAUAUAUUUGCAGACUUCGACUUGUUUGAUCCAGAAAUGGAGGAAGACAGCUAAAACUCUUUUCGUGAAAAGCCUUGUGUAUAUGAAAAUACUAUGAAAUUUGAUUAUGAUAGUUUGCAAAACCCAAAUGAGUAUAUUAAUACGUGAAAACAGUUAGAGGAAUUUAAAAAUGAAUUAAUGCGAUUGCAACCAUUUGACAUAAAUUUGUAUCAUUUUAUCAAUAUGAAAAACCAAAAUCUUUUUAAUUCCUUUGGAAAAACUCCUCUUCGUUUCUAUCUUUUCCAACAACUGGCAUAACACUUUCUAUAGGAGCAAAUCCGAAAGAUGUGUCUUUCUUCAGAACAAGCGUCGCUGAAGAAUGAAUCAUAUAUCCUUUGAUAUAUCCCUGGUCAAUCAAAGAUACACAUAUACAUUCCACAUCAUCAAUAUCAAAUGUCUGAUCUUGUGUGCUAAGAAGCGCCGCUUCCAAUAGGAACUGACCAUUAACAUGGGGUGUUUUUUGGGCAUUUUGAAAUGUCAUGAAGAAGCUAAGUUUUUUUAUUAGCAAAAGUUUUGAAGAACCACACUUACACUUUACGGAACAAGUUUCUCCAAAUUACAAUUUCACAACGAUCGUGCAAUGUCAAAAAAAUCCCAUGUUUUAUGAACCAAUUUCGCCUGGAGACAUCUUCCAAAGAGAGAUGAAAAGAAUGAAUAUCACCUUUUUUCAUGCUUACUAUUAAUGACUGGAACAUCGGUAUCAAACUGUAUUUCUCUAGGUAUUGCAACCUUGGUGAUUUACCAAGGAUGAGGCCACAAGUUGUUAAAUAAAUCAAGAUUAGUCUAUAACCAGUUAGCGCCAUCAAUAAAACUUAAUAAUUACCUCUUUUGCUUAUAAUACUCAUCAGGGCAACUAAGAAAAGCGCUC